UAACCGGCUAAAACAGGUAGAAGUCGGCAAGAUCAGCCAGUUCGGCGCCGAGUUCUUCUACGAACGUUGGUUCAGAAUGGAGUCGGCUUUGAAGACAAGGUCGGUGCCGUUUUCAACUAAAACCCAUCACCUCAAACGCUAUCACGUUCGCAUGCGCGCCUCUUUUCCCUCUCCUAACGGCUACUUUAUAAUACGCCUCUGUAUUUUUUUUAUUUUUAUUUUUUGGGUUCAAAUCUCUCUCCCUCCCCCCCCCUCCGAAGCUGGUUUUCCGGCGAAAUCAAGCGGUUUCCCGAUCGGGAAGUGGUUUCCGGGAAGGUGGUUUUCCAGCAAGGAAGGAGAAUUAGGGUUUUGAAGGAGCUCGAUCCCCCUCCAUUCCCAAAUUGGCUUCUUGGAGAAAAGGUGUCUCCUUUUCCACCCCAGUUCUCCUUAUUUAGAGAAUGAAGAGCCACAAGAAAUCGGUGGCGGUGUCGCCGACGAGCCCCCACACGCCUGCAAACGCAGCAGGGAUCGGCGGCGACGGCUCGGGAGACGGCACGCCGUCGUGCCACGCGCAACACCACUAUUUGCCAGCUGGGGAUUCGCCGUACGCGAGGGCGAAGCAUGCCCAGUUAGUCGAGAAGGAUCUAAACAAGGCAGUUCCUCUGUUCUGGUCUGCUAUAAACUGCGGCGACCGCGUCGAUAGUGCGGUGAAAGAUAUGGCUUCUGUAAUGAAGCAAGCGAAUCGAGCCGACGAAGCUAUUGAGGCGAUAAAGUCUUUUCGCAAUCGGUGCUCUUUUCAAUCCCAGGAGGCGCUCGACAACGUUCUCCUAGACCUCUACAAGAAAUGCGGUAGGAUGCAUGAAGAAAUUGAGCUGCUGAGCGCGAAGUUGAAACAAAUUGACGAAGGGCAAGCUUUUGGAGGGAGGGUGAAGAAGUUAGCGAGAUGUCAAGGAAAAAGGAUACAUAUCUCCCUCAACAAAGAAAAAUCAAGACUGCUGGGGAAUCUUGCUUGGGCUCACAUGCAAUUAGAGAAUUAUGCGGAGGCGGAGCCACUUUACCGGAAAGCUCUGGCGAUGGAACCUGAUUACAACAAGCAGUGCAAUUUAGCUAUAUGCUUGAUGAAGCUGGGAAGGCUCGCAGAAGCCAAAUCCAUUCUCGCAGACGUGGAAAAGCUGUCAUCAAGCGACAGCACUGAAUCCUACCUUAAGUCCUUCGAGCGGGCUAAUGAAAUUCUCAAGGAACUCGAAUCAGAAGCAGUUCCACUUUCAAAGUCAGAAGAAACAAAGCUGGAACCACAAAGCACUCCCAUCUCAAACCAUAUUAGGAAUGUGGGUUGCUCAAAUUUCAAUGCUGAAUGUGGAAUGAAAUAUGAAGGUUUCAGCGAGGAGAAAUCGAGCUGUUCUGAGCUAUCUACUGAAUAUUCCUCAACUUUGAAUUUUCCGAGCUGGAUAUCCAAUUCUUCUUGCAAAAAAGGGUUGCGUAAGUGUGCCACUUCACAAUGCGAGAAUAGAAAGAGGACAUGGGUUCACAAUCCUUACAGGAAAGGAGAAUCAUAUGGUACAUGUAAGAAAAAAUUGAUGUAUUAUGCUCAGGAAGAUUUCCAUUCUCCUGCUUCUAUCCACGGAAACCAAUGGGCGUACUCUCGAGAAUCGUCGACAGUUUCAAGACCUCAUGCUAACGGACGAAGUUCUGGAUCCUCGAGGAACAAUCGGUGUAUGAAAUUUGAGAAACCAAUGGAAUAUUCAGUCACAGAUAAUAGUGUGAUGGCCAAUGUAUCAGUACAAUCUCUGACUCCUGAAAAUAGUACAGCUGUAGCAAAUGCGAGAUUUGAUCUGAGGUCGAAGAACUCGACAGAAUUGAGUACCACAAAGGCGCAAGCUGGUGAACGGGAUGCUGUUUCUGAGACAGAUAGGAAAGAACAACCUCAAUGUUUAAGUCGUGCAUCGCAACAUCCCGCUAGUUGUACAAAUUCACCAGCUGAUAAUAGAAUACUGUUUGCAUAUACGGAUGAGAGUAGCACGCCGCAAGAAGUAGAUGUCUUGAGAAACAUUGGCCUUACUUUAGAGAAUAAGACCAUGGAAAGAUCAAAUAUCGAUUGUUUUUGCGAUUUUAAUGUUGGUAAAACAACACAGGGUGAUAUAGUGGAGGAAGAAAAUUUAGCCCGUGCAGACACAUUCUAUGAUGCAGCAGCCGAUCAGCAAAGAGAAAGCACUAAAGAUUUGAUGGAAAAGUUUAAAACAGUCACAGUUUCAGACGGCAAAAGAAGAACUUGGGCCGAUAUGGUGGAAGAAGAGGAGGAAGAAGAAUUCUUCGCUAAUAAGAAUUUGGAGAAUGGUGAAGCAUUUAAUCGCAAAGACUUGUUGCAUCCAUACUCGAAGAAGAACGAAUCUGAAUCUUUCCAAGAUGAGAACUUGGGUUCUAAUAUCAUAAAAUCAACCGAUAAUUGGACUAAAAAGAAGCCACAGAGUUAUACUGAGAGUGUCCGCCGGAAGCCAAGUAAACUUGAUAUGAAUGAAGGAUCUGAGAUUGCGCUAAGAUCGCCCAGAAGGGCUCGUCGAUCUCUCUCGUUCCAUGAACACCCGAUCUUUGAUGUCUCACGUGAUUGCUUAUCGCCAAUUGGAGACAAAGAUACCUUCGGCGGUUCUAAUUGUAUGGCAGAAAUGAACAGCUGGUUUAAAGGUGGAUUUGGUUUGAAGACCGAGAGGACACGAAGUAGGCUUCGCGUUUUCCAGGAAAUUACACAUGAUAUUAAUACAAAAGGCUAAGAAAAGGUUUACUCAUCAGCAAAAUUUCAUCCAGAUUGAUUGAUUGAUUCUUCUUUUUUUUUUUUGUGUUUCCCUUUUUUUUGUGUAGACUUUGAUUCAUGUAUUUGACUUGCAAAAUACAAGAGAGCUCCAUGUUGCUGGGACAUGAUAAAGAAUAGUGAGAGAGAUGAAUCUUUUGUGAAAUUGAUUCCUAUGAUGAUAAACAA